UGUGUCUUGGCACUGAGAAGAAAGGGUACUCCUUUCUGAGAAGGUGGAGCUGGAUAGGCCCUCUCAGGAUGGGGAAGCCCAGCUGGGCCAGUGGUCAGCCUCUGGCUAGCCUUGCCUUCUGUUGCCACUCUCUUCCCCUUCUUCUUUCCUCGAUUGUGUCUGGUUGAUGGGGGACCUCAGGUGACAGGGUAUCUGAUGUCACCAGGGGUCAUGUCCUAGGUGCUCGAGCUAAUCAGAUGGGUUUACAUCCUCUGGUCUUCCCUGUUCACUUUGCCUUUCAUAGCCACCUCGCCAUGAUCCUGUCCCUUUUUUCUGACUGCUCUGGGGUGUAGACACCCUUGCUUCUCUUAUCUGCUUUUCAGGCCUGGUCUGGUUGUGUUUCUUGUCCUUGCUGGUGUGUGUGUGUGUGUUUGGGGGUGCCUGGUAAUAUUUUUCUCCAACUACAGUUGUCUUACAGUCUCUUGUUACAAUGGUAUACUCUCAUACAUUUGUCAAGCAAUCUGUCUUUUACAAAGUACUUUUAAAUGUCUUCUCUUAUGUGACAUCACCACCCUCCACCCUGUGGGGGUUCUUUUAUUAGCAUUUUCCCAUUUUACAGUUGAGAACAUUGAGGCCCAGAGAGGUUACCCAAGGUCACGCAGUGGGAGAAUCAGAAUUUGAACCCAAGUCCUCAAUCAAAUCUUUACCCUGUUCUAUACAUCUUUUUUGCCAUCUCUUUUCUUCUGAGCCUGGACGUGGUCAGGGGUCCCCAGGAGAACCAAUUGGUGCACAGUUUAAGAAUUAUAGCCCCACCCCCUUUGGGCGGCACCUGUGGCUCAGUGGGUAGGGCGCUGGCCCCAUAUGCCGAGGGUGGCGGGUUCAAACCCAGCCCCAGCCAAACUGCAACAAAAAAAUAACCGGGCGUUGUGGCGGGCGCCUGUAGUCCCAGCUGCUCGGGAGGCUGAGGCAAGAGAAUCAGGUAGCCCAAGAGUUAGAGGUUGCUGUGAGCCGUGUGACGCCACGGCACUCUACCCGAGAGCAAUACAGCGAGACUCUGUCUCUACAAAAAAAAAAAAAAAAAAAGAAUUAUAGCCCCCUUUUCAAAAGGGCUAUACUCGAACCUUUUCCUGAUGGGAGGCUCUGCCUCAUGGACUUUUCUGUGUCGUGACCUUCAUCUUUACCCUGAUUCCAGACUUUGGCCUGGGUUACUGAAAGGGCUCUCUCUUCUGACAAAUGAUAGCUACGAUGGUGUCUUUCAAUGGUUAAAGCCAAGCUGUGGGAUGACCUCCCCAAAGAUUAAAGCUUUGCGGGAACCCUGGAGGAAGAGAAGGAAAAAUCCAUAUGCUGAGUGUCUGCAUAGUGUUCCUAAGUACGAGAUCUCAUUAAAAUCUUACAACAGCCCUAACUGUAAUUCAUUUUACUGAAGAGAAGACUUAAGAGAUAUAAAGAACUGGCUUGGCGCCUGUGGCUCAAGCAGCUAAGGCGCCAGCCACAUACACCUGGGCUGGCGGGUUCAAAUCUGGCCCGGACCCGCCAAACAACAAUGAUGGCUGGAACCAAAAAAUAGCUGGGCGUUGUGGCGGGCGCCUGUAGUCCCAGCUACUUGGGAGGCAGAGACAGGAGACUCGCUUGAGCCCAGGAGUUUGAGGUUGCUGUGAGCUAUGAUGCCACAGCACUCUACCCAGGGCAACAGCUUGAGGCUCUGUCUCAAAAAAAAGAAAAAACAGAUAUGAGGAACUUAGCAAAGCCCUGUUGCUGUACAUUGCAGAUGGGAUGUACUGGUAAUACAGCUUAAAAACUGAUACAUUUGGGUUUCCUCAUCUGCAGAAUGGAGAUAACAUUUUCCAUUUUAGCAUAGGCUUUGGUAAUUGUUCAAGUGUUAUUGUGAGGAAGGAGACCUGUGUGAUGUUUUGUCAAUGGCUGGCACCACUUCCAUGUGACCUGGGGUCCUGGAUUGGCAUUCUUGGGCCUAGUGCUAGUAGUAAAGAGGUCAGAAAGAUUCCUUUGGCAAGUUGUGAGCACCUGCUUUUGUGUGUGGGUGUGUGGUGCCCAUGAGGGGUGCCUGUCUCUGUAGCUGACAGGGAGAAAGGGGCCUGCUUUGAGCAUCCUGGGAACUGUUGAGGGCUGAGCUGAGAGCAAUCAAUCAAUCUCACAAGCUAUUCUGAGCCCUUUGCACCCUGGGGGCCCACUGGAGAAUCAGGCUCUUUCUUGCCCUCCAGUUGGGCAGAGGAGACAAAAGUAACACAAUAGGAAACAGUGCACAACAAAAUAUAAUUACAUGCUAAAAUUGUUAGGUGCUUUUAAGUAGCUAGAACUCUGCCCAGGGAGUCCAGCUCUGGUGAAGGCUCCUUUGUGCCUAAAUUCUGGCAGGUCCUCAGGCAGGAGCCUGUCCUGGAAUCCCCUUGAGGAUCCUGUUUGAUAUCCUGCAGGAAAUUUCUCAGGGUGUUUGGCUGGGUGUUCUAGCUCUCUCCAAGGACUGGAGUAGUCAGGGGUGGCUUCCUGCAAGAGGGUGAUGACCUGAGAGAAUAAUGGGCACACAGGCCUUACUAGGGAGGGGAAGGUAGUGUUCUCUGACCUUGGAGAAGUCUUUUUUCCUCUCUGUGCCUCAGUGACCUCAUCAGGAGAGUGGUGAUCAUGAUCUAUACUGGUAUUUCAUAGGGUCGCACUAAAAAGCACAGUGGUGGAGGACCAGCUUUGGGCAAGUCACUUGACCAUUCUGAGCCGGUUUUCUCAUCUGUAAAAUAAAAGUGAUCACAAUACUUGACUUGUAAGGUUACAAUGAGGAUUGAAUGAGAGAUAAUACAUGUCAUGUGCUUAUUAUACAUACUCAAUAAAUGUUAUUUGUAUACUGCAAAUGUUCUGUACCUGUGUGUGACACUUAUGCAAUUGGAUUGGACAAGUAAGGCAGCCCAGACCACAGAGGCCCUGAUAUCCCUGUCCUUCCCAUUCUGGUUCUUCUGUCUGCCAGUGUUCUAGCCCUUUUUGAGAGUGAGUCUGCUGGCCUCUCUGGGCCAGUACCCACUUCUAACAAUGAACGGAUUUCCACCGCCUCCGGCUUGGCCAUUUCCUGUUCUCUUCCAGGGUGUGAGAGGUUGAGGGAGGAGGAGACUUCAGCACCAAGGGGAACAGGAAGGUGCCUGGAAAUAGUUGGGGCCAGGCCCCACUCUAAGGGCCCCCUGGGGCCACCAUGCCAGCUGGGGGCCGGGCCGGGAGCCUAAAGGACCCUGAUGUGGCUGAGCUCUUCUUCAAGGAUGACCCUGAAAAGCUCUUCUCUGACCUCCGGGAAAUUGGCCAUGGCAGCUUUGGAGCCGUAUACUUUGCCCGGGAUGUCCGGAAUAGCGAGGUGGUGGCCAUCAAGAAGAUGUCCUAUAGCGGGAAGCAGUCAAAUGAGAAGUGGCAAGAUAUCAUCAAGGAGGUACGGUUCUUACAGAAGCUCCGGCAUCCCAACACCAUUCAGUACCGGGGAUGUUACCUGAGGGAGCACACAGCUUGGCUGGUGAUGGAGUAUUGCCUGGGCUCUGCUUCUGACCUUCUAGAAGUGCACAAGAAGCCCCUUCAGGAAGUGGAGAUUGCAGCUGUGACCCAUGGGGCACUUCAGGGCCUGGCGUAUUUGCACUCCCACAACAUGAUCCAUAGGGAUGUAAAGGCUGGAAACAUCCUGCUCUCAGAGCCCGGCUUGGUGAAGUUGGGGGACUUCGGCUCUGCAUCUAUCAUGGCACCCGCCAACUCCUUUGUGGGUACCCCAUACUGGAUGGCACCUGAGGUGAUCCUGGCAAUGGAUGAGGGGCAGUAUGAUGGCAAAGUGGACGUCUGGUCCUUGGGGAUAACCUGCAUUGAACUGGCGGAACGGAAACCACCACUGUUUAACAUGAAUGCGAUGAGUGCCUUAUACCACAUUGCACAGAACGAGUCCCCCGUGCUCCAGUCAGGACACUGGUCUGAAUACUUCCGGAAUUUUGUUGACUCCUGUCUUCAGAAAAUCCCUCAAGACAGACCAACCUCAGAGGUUCUUCUGAAGCACCGCUUUGUGCUUCGGGAGCGGCCACCUACAGUCAUCAUGGACCUAAUCCAGAGGACCAAAGAUGCUGUGCGGGAACUGGAUAACCUGCAGUACCGAAAAAUGAAGAAGAUCCUUUUCCAAGAGGCACCCAAUGGCCCUGGUGCUGAGGCCCCAGAGGAAGAGGAGCCCACGGCCUGUUUGCAGGAAGCAGAGCCCUACAUGCACCGGGCUGGGACUCUGACCAGUUUAGAGAGUAGCCACUCAGUGCCCAGCAUGUCCAUCAGCGCCUCCAGCCAGAGCAGCUCAGUCAACAGCUUAGCAGAUGCUUCAGACAAUGAGGAGGAGGAGGAGGAGGAAGAAGAAGAAGAGGAAGAAGAAGAAGGCCCCGAUGCCCGGGAGAUGGCUAUGAUGCAGGAGGGAGAGCACACAGUAACCUCCCACAGCUCCAUCAUCCACCGGCUGCCGGGCUCUGACAACCUGUAUGAUGACCCCUACCAGCCAGAGAUGACCCCAGGCCCUCUCCAGCCACCUGCAGCCCCGGCUCCAGCCUCCACCACAUCUUCUGCCCGCCGCCGGGCCUACUGCCGCAACCGGGACCACUUUGCCACCAUCCGUACUGCCUCCCUGGUUAGCCGUCAGAUCCAGGAGCACGAGCAGGACUCAGCACUGCGGGAGCAGCUGAGUGGCUAUAAGCGGAUGCGACGACAGCACCAGAAGCAGCUGCUGGCCCUUGAGUCACGACUGAGGGGUGAGCGUGAGGAGCACAGUGCACGGCUGCAGCGAGAGCUCGAGGCACAGCGGGCUGGCUUUGGGGCUGAGGCAGAAAAGCUGGCACGGCGGCACCAAGCCAUUGGUGAGAAGGAGGCACGAGCUGCCCAGGCUGAGGAGCGCAAGUUCCAGCAGCACAUCCUUGGGCAGCAGAAGAAGGAGCUUGCUGCCCUGCUGGAGGCACAGAAGCGGACCUACAAACUUCGGAAGGAGCAGCUGAAGGAGGAGCUCCAGGAGAACCCCAGCACACCCAAGCGGGAGAAGGCCGAGUGGCUUCUGCGGCAAAAAGAACAGCUACAGCAGUGCCAGGCGGAGGAGGAGGCAGGGCUGCUACGGCGGCAGCGCCAGUACUUUGAGCUGCAGUGUCGCCAAUACAAACGCAAGAUGCUGCUAGCUCGGCACAGCCUAGACCAGGACCUGCUACGAGAGGACUUGAACAAGAAACAGACACAGAAGGACUUGGAAUGUGCACUGCUGCUUCGGCAGCAUGAGGCCACACGGGAGCUAGAGCUACGGCAGCUCCAAGCUGUACAGCGCACACGGGCUGAGCUCACCCGCCUGCAGCACCAGACAGAGCUGGGCAACCAGCUGGAGUACAACAAGCGGCGUGAGCAGGAGUUGCGGCAGAAGCACGCGGCCCAGGUUCGCCAGCAGCCCAAGAGCCUCAAAGUACGUGCAGGCCAGCGCCCCCCGGGCCUCCCGCUCCCCAUUCCUGGGGCUCUGGGACCACCCAGCACAGGCACUCCUAGAGAAGAGCAGCCCUGCUCAUCUGGCCAGGAGGCAGUCCUGGACCAAAGAACGCUGGGAGAGGAGGAAGAGGCAGUUUCAGAGAAAAGGAUUUUGGGAAAGGAAGGGGCCACCUUGGAGCCAGAGGAGCAGAGGAUUCUGGGGGAUGAAUCAGGAGCCCCUAGUCCCAGUCCACAAAAACAUAGGCAUCUGUUUGAUGAGGAAGUUUGGGGUGUACCUGAGGAGGAGAUAGAGGAGUUUAGAGUCCCAUCCCUGGCACCUCAAGAGAGGAGCAUUGUUGGCCAGGAGGAGGCUGGGACAUGGAAGUUGUGGGGGAAGGAGGAUGGAAACCUUCUAGAUGAGGAGUUUGAGCUUGGCUGGGUCCAGGGCCCAGCACUGACUCCAGUCCCAGAGGAAGAGGAGGAAGAGGAGGAGGGGGCUCCAAUUGGGACUCCUAGGGAUCCUGGAGAUGGCUGUCCCUCCCCAGACAUCCCUCCUGAGCCCCCUCCGACACAUCUGAGGCCUGGUCCUACUAGCCAGCUCCUUGGACUCCUGUCCCAUGUCCUCCUGGCCGGCCUCUCCUUUGCAGUUGGGUCCUCCUCUGGCCUCCUCCCCCUACUGUUGCUGCUGCUGCUUCCACUGCUGGCAGCUCAGGGUGGGGGAGGCCUGCAGGCAGCACUGUUGGCUCUUGAGGUGGGAAUGGUGGGCCUGGGGGCCUCCUACCUGCUUCUUUGUACAGCUCUGCACCUGCCCCCCAGUCUCUUCCUAGUCCUGGCUCAGGGCAUUGCACUGGGGGCUGUUCUGGGCCUAAGCUGGCGCCAAGGCCUCAUGGGCGUACCUCUGGGCCUUGGGGCUGCCUGGCUCCUGGCUUGGCUAAACCCAGCUCUAACUCUGAUGGCUAUGGCAGCUGGGGGCAAGUGGGUGGUGCAGCAGGGCCCCCGGAUACGCCGGGGUAUCUCUCGACUCUGGUUGCGGCUUUUGCUGCGCCUGUCGCCCAUGGCCUUCCGGGCCCUUCAGGGCUGUGGAGCUGUGGGGGACCAGGGUCUGUUUGCACUCUACCCCAAAACCAAAAAGUGUGUCUUCCGCAGCCGCCUGCCUGUCCCUGGGCCCCAGCGGGGUAAUGCCCGCUCUGUCCGACACCCACUAGCUUUGUUGGCCAGGGUUUGGGCCCUGAGCAAGGGCUGGAACUGGUACUUGGCACGGGCCAGCCAGGGUUUAGCCUCCCGCUUGCCCCCCUGGGCCAUCCACACACUGGCUGGCUGGGGCCUGCUUCGAGGUGAACGGCCCAGCCGAAUUCCCCGGCUGCUACCACGCAGCCAGCGCCGGCUGGUGCCCCCUGCAACCUGCCAGGCACUGCCAGGAACUCUAGCUGGGCGGAGGUCCCAUACGCGCCAGUCCCGGGCCCUACCUCCCUGGAGGUAACCAAUUCCAGCCCUUCCCUGGCCCAAAUCUAGAGCAUUGAGCACUUUAUAUUCCACGACUCAGUGAAGUUUCUCCAGUCCCCAGUCCUUUCCUCCCUUUCACUCCUCCUCCCUCAGUAUGCUCCCCUACCCCAGGCCCAGCCCUUCAGACUUCUAGACAAGGCAGCCUCCUCUACCAUGGAGUCCAGAAGUCACACUCUGUGUCCUCCUGACGCUCACCUCCCUAAGUUAUUGCUGUUCUCCACUGUGUGUGUACUCAUCCUCACCCUCAUCAACUUAGGCCUGGGGUCAGGGGUGGUGGUGGGAGGGAAGAGUCAUGUUUUUUUUCUCCUCUUUGAUUUUGUUUUUCUGUCUCCCUUCUAACCUGUCCCCUUCCCCCCACCAAAAAAAAAGAAAAAGAUAAACACAAAUAAAAUAUCUGAGCGGAA